AUGAAGACGUGGCUGUGUGAACUGAUACCGGACUCUGCGCUGCAGCUGGCUGGCUUCCAGGUCUACAUAGCGGACCACGACACAGAGCUUUCCGGCAAAACAAAAGGUGGAGAUUUCUCCAUCGUUCAUCAAUACAUUCAACGUUUUAAUGGAGUGUCUGGCAACAAGUCAGCUGCCAUCCGGAGAAGAUCUAAGACACCUGGAGUAAUAAUCACGCAGUAUGUAGUGAACAUGCCAGAAGGGAAAAGCACCCCAGAUUUCCAGUGUAAGCCAAUCCCAACAACUAUUAAAGAAGGGAAAUUAGCUGUUUUCAAGGCUGUGGUGACGGGGGAUCCAAAACCAGAGGUGUCAUGGAGAAGAUCUAAAGGGACUAUUUCAGACAAGGACAAAUUUCAGAGUAAAUAUGAUGAAUCGACUGGGGAGCAUAUAUUAGAGAUUCACAAAGUGUCUGCUGCAGAAACAGAUACAUAUAAAUGCUGUGCUGUGAACGAAUAUGGCAAAGCUGUCUGCACAGCAAUAUUAACUGUGACUGAGGCUUUGACAAGUCCAUCAGAUUUCAGAAAAUUGCUGCGGAAAAGUAAAGCAGAUGUGGAAACUGAUGAAAAAUUCUGGGACGCGAUGCUGAACGCUGACAGGAAAGACUACGAGCGCAUCUGUAGUGAGUUUGGUGUUGCUGACUUACAUUUGAUUCUCAAGAAACUGGAAGAGAAGAAGAAGGAGAGAGCGCAAAAUAAGUGGAAGGAUGGUGUGAUUCCCUCUGAUGAAGAUGCAACAGAGAAACACAGCCUUAAGAGCGCUGGGAGAACCAAGGAUUUUAGUAUCAAGGGCAUGAUGCAAAAGGACACAGGGUUCAGCCAGUUUGAUCAAGAGGGCAAUCUCCUCAAGACGGGGCUGAAUCAGGUGGACGAAGAGGUCAACUUCCUCCUUACAGAGUUUAAACAUUCCAAUGUGGACUUUGUUAUCAAAAUUCAGGAGGUUAAAGCUCAAGAAAGAGAGGAUGCACUCUUUGAGUGUGUCCUGACACACCCACUACCCAGGAUCACGUGGAUGGGCAAGGGCAACGUCCUAGAGAAUGGAGAGAAAUACAGCAUCACCGUGUCAGACCACAAACUGAUCCACAGGCUGCUGAUUAAUGACUGCAAGCAGUCGGACAAAGGAAUCUAUACUGCUGGGGCUGGCGUUACAUCCUGCAGUGCCUGGCUGGUUGUAGAAGCUGAGAGUGACCAUGCAUCAGCUGGUAAGAAGACAGCAACUACCUUGGCCGGUGGAGCACGGAUCGACCUUGAGAAAGUGGCCAAAGAGCAGCAAAUAAAGGUCAGAGAGGAGAUGGAGAAGAUUUUGGCGGCCGUAAAAGCAAAACACGAAGAAGGACAACUGCAAGAAGAAAAAACGUUAGCCUCUUGUGGAAAAGAUGGUGAAAUGGGUGGAGUCACUGGACCAGGUAAAAACAGCGGCGCAGUAAAGGACAAGGCAGCAAAAGCCAGUGCCCUCUCUGAUCCAACAGGGAGCAAAGGGAAAACAAAUGUCAAAACCUCAAGAGGAGAUAGCACAGAAAUAACAUUAGAUGUUUCAAGGUGUGUGACAAAAGAAGUGCAAUUGGUACCAGAUGACCCCAAGAACAAGAAACACACCAGAUCCGGUCAAGCGGACUUUGACAAGGUAACAGAAUCCAGCAACAAACGUGCUGAUGUAGAGUUUAACCAGUUUCAAACCUUUGCCACAAGUCAAGAUGAAGCAACUGAUUCAGAUGGAAAUAAAGACUCUACCGGUUCAGGACUGAAUUGUCUUUUUUUUUUUUUUAAAAAAGGUGAAAGUGCAGGUUCUAAAGACCACAAUGAGUGUGACGAGACUGAAGAUGCAAAUGGCUCUGCCACACAGUCGAGGUGUAGAAGACAAGGCCCACUGAUAGAAGAUGCGGUAAUUGAUCCAGGGGUUCAGUUCAUCUGUGGUUUGUCUGACGUCAGCGCUAUCAUCAAUGAGACUGCUGAGUUAGCAUGUAAGCUCAGCAGUGAAGACUGUGAGGGAGCAUGGUUCAGAGACGGCAAAAAGAUAUCACCAGAUGCCAAUUUCUCUAUCACUAAAGAUGGUGCAAUCCAUAAAUUGGUUAUAAUCGGGUGCAAAGAAGAGCACGCUGGGAAAUACCGUUUUGAGGCAGAUGGCCGUAAAACCGAGGCAAUGAUCAACGUCAAAGAUCCCCCAAGGUUUGACCCUGAAAACCUCCGUGCGUUCACCGAGCCUCUGACAGUUAAAGUGGGGCACAAAUCCAUCUUCAAAGUGCAUUUUGUUGGCCAUGAACCCAUAAAGAUUCAGUGGUACAAAGAUGGAGAGGAGCUCCAAGAUGACAACAAUACAAAGAUUGAGAAAUCUCCAAGUCACAGCUGCUUGCUCCUGAGGAGGUGCCAGAGGAAGGACACGGGAGAGAUCAAGAUCAAGCUCAAGAAUGAACACGGCUUCAUUGAGGCCAUUUCACAGCUUAUUGUGCUUGACAAACCCACUUCUCCCCUGGGCCCUGCAGAGGUAACAGAGAGCUCAGCUACAUGUAUUGAAUUCAGGUGGAGGCCUCCAAAGGAUGACGGUGGCUCACCAGUGAUUAACUACAUAAUGGAGAGACAGCAGGUGGGCCGAAACACCUGGAAGAAAAUGGGGGACAUUCCAGGUGUCCCCAUCUACCGCGAUACAGGCGUAGAGCACGGCCGGAAAUAUUGUUACCGUAUCCGGGCAGUGACUGCGGAGGGUACAAGUGAAGAGAUGAAGACUGAUGAAAUACAAGCCGGCACACUAGCUUUUCCUGGGCCUCCAGCCACUCCAAAGGUGGUCAGUGCCUAUGACGAUUGCAUCAAUAUUUCCUGGACUUCACCAAGUAACCGUGGAGGUUCGCGCAUCCUGGGUUAUAUUUUGGAGAAACGCAAGAAAGGGAGUAAUCUCUGGACCGUUGUCAAUGCCUUAGAUGAACUAAUAAAAGAGAAAAAAUACGCAGUGAAAGAUGUUGUGGCAGGUUUGGAGUAUGAAUUCAGAGUUACUGCCAUAAACCUUUCAGGAGCUGGUGAAUACAGUAACCCAUCAGAGUUUGUUUUUGCACGGGAUCCCAAAAAGCCUCCUGGUAAAGUUACAAGCCUGAAGGUGACAGAAACUUCUUAUAACCACUUGGUCCUGACUUGGACAAAACCUGAGGAGAAACCAGAGAUACAGGAUGAAGCAAAAGGAUAUUUUGUUGAGAUCCGUCAGGCAGAGUGCCUCGAAUGGUCCCGCUGUAAUCCCAUCCCUAUCAUCACGACUUCCUUCGCUGUGAAAGGCCUUAAGUCCAUGGACAUGUACUGGGUGAGAGUGAUUGCAACUAAUGAUGGAGGAGAGGGUGCUCCAGAGGAGCUGCCCAACUAUGUCCUUGCAAUGCCCUCACCUGUGAGGCCAAAGUUCACAAACCACAAGAUGAAGAGUUUCAUGGUGGUGAGGGCAGGAAACUCUGUUAGGAUCACAGUGAACUUUGAGGCCUCCCCACAACCAGAUAUUAUGUGGGUAAAGGACAAUGUGCCAGUUACAAAGCGAGUUACAAUCAGUAACUCUGAUGGCUCAUCCCAGCUGCUGAUCCCCUCCUCUGAGCGCUCUGAUUCUGGCAUCUACUCCAUUUUGGUGAAAAAUCUUGCAGGACAGGAGACAUUCAGUACAGAGGUCCGGGUCACAGAUGAUCCAAAGCCUCCCGGACCGGUAGAUCUGGAGGAAAACGUGCCCGGCACAGUGACAGUGGUCUGGGAGCCUUCUCCUGAUGAGAAGCGUGAUGACCGCCUUCACUACACAGUGUCAAAACUGGACUCGACUAAACACACAUGGAGCACAGUGGCUGACAGACUCUUCAAUAACAAGUUCACAGUCUGCAAUAUCAUGCACGGGAGGGAAUAUAAUUUCCGGGUCUAUGCCAAAAAUGACAUGGGCAUAUCUGCACCCUCUGAGUCACCAACCUGGGGAAUGGAGAAGAAGAAAGAAAAGUUUGUGGUGAGCGUACCGAACAGAAAGGACUGCGAUUUGCGAUGUGCUCCAACCUUCAUUGUACCUUUGAAGCUUCACACUGCACCCAAGGGCUAUGAAUGCUAUAUGAGCUGUGCCGUGAAGGGAAAUCCCAAACCUCGUGUCACUUGGUAUCGAAAUAACAUCAGCUUAAACACUGAUACCAACUAUUAUAUCUCUGACACCUGUGGAGUUUGUUCCAUGUUAAUUCUCCACGUGGGCCCCAGAGACAUGGGAGAGUAUACCAUCAUUGCAGAGAACGCACUCGGACGGGCUGAAUGCUCCACCGUCCUCAGUGUCAGAGAGUGAAGAAACUAAAGGCACCACAAUGUGUGCAGUAUUUAUUUAAGUUUAGAGACAAUGCUUAUCACAUGAUGUUUGAAUUGAAGUGGUUGUGCUGCUUGGAUGUAACACACCAGCUGCAAUAAAAAAUGGAAUAUUGUA